AUGAUAGGAGAACUGGGAGACGAAACAAAUUUUCAACUACAAAUAAAAGUAAGCCAAGAUGAAAUUGAUCAAUUAAAAACCCUUGAUGAAUUCAUUCCUGAUAAACAGCAGCCAGGAGAUGUGGAUUUUGAUGAUAAAUUUAUGAAGCCAGAUAUUUAUAUGAUUGAGAAAACGAACGAAUUACAAAAGGAAGAGGUGCCAAAGGCCAAGUAA